AUUUAUAGGGAAUAAAGUCACAGAUUCACUACAAUCAUCAACACAUGAAUAAGUUUGGAUUACAGUUUGGAUAAAAUAAAAAUAAACAAUGUGCAUGUUGUUACUGAGGUAAUUACGGAAGUUAGCGUGCUAGGCUAGCCCGACAGCUCUCCGUCCCACAGCAACGUGCGCAUGCGCACAGUGAAACCGCGAUGGAGAGACGUCACAGUAAACGAGUGACGUCACAGUAGACGGCGUGUAUAUGAGGGGUCUCACAGCGCGCGGACGCUCAUUAGAGAUCAUGAACAUGAAGAUGUGUAAAAUCCUUCGCGAGAUGUUUCGAAGCUCAAAACAGAGGAAUGAAACACAGGACCCUCGAGUGAAGGAGCUGCAGGAGCAGGGGAACCAGGAAGCACAAGAAAUGGAUGACUUCAUACAAAUGAUCAGGGAAGUGAUGAAGAAGGAGGUAAAAGAGAGAGUCAAUCUGAGGAAAGAGUGGGAAAAGCUGGAGGCCACUCUGACUUCAGAUAGAAAACACAUGCAGGAAUUAAUCAGACUCAUGCAGAGCAGCAAGGAGCUCAAGGCUUCUGUGAAACUCCAUGAAGAAACAGAGAAGACUCAAGAGCUGGAGAAAGAGAGCUCAAGGAAAUACCCAAACCAACUGGAGGAGAAGAUCAGACAGCUGAAGUUCAGUUUGGCUUCUGAGCAAAAAAUACGGGAGCAGGAAAAGGAGAAGUUCAAGCUGGACAUGGAUAAGAGGAGCGCCACAGAGCUCCAGAAAAUCACUGAGCUUCAGUGUAUCCUGAAACUCUACAAGGAGCAGGAGAAGAGCGUCGAGCAGGAAAGAGCACACUGCACAAGGGAACGGGAGCAACUAGAGGAACGUGUUGCUCAGCUGGAGGCCACUUUGAAUUUUGAGAGAAAUAAAUGGGAGAAGGAAAGAAAGAUGGUCAAGCUGAACACGGAGGAGAGGAACGCCACAGACAUCCAAAAAAUCAUUCAGCUCCAGUGUAUCCUGAAACUCUAUGAGAAACAGGAGAAGACCAUGGAGCAGGAAAGAGCGAGAUGGACAAGGAAACGAGCGCGACUAGAGGAACAUGUUGCUCAGCUGCAGGACACUUUGAAUCUUGAGAGAAAUAAAUGGGAGCAGGAAAGAGAGAUGGUCAAGCUGGACAUGGAGAAGAGUAACGCCUCAAUGCUCCAGACCAUCUCCAAGCUCCAGGCUUCGCUGAAGGUUUAUGAGAAACGGGAAAAGGCUCUAGAGCAGGAGAGAACGAGGUUUAUGAGGGAACGAGAUCGACUUGGGGAACGUCUCACUCAGCUGGAGUCCAUGCACACACAGGACAUGGCGGAGAAGGAGGCCUUGAAUCUCCAGUCCAUCACCGAACGUCAGGCUUCCCUGAAAGUUUUUGAAAAACUGGAGAAAAUAACAGGUCAGGUAGCAUAAAAUCUACAAACCUGAGGAACAGGAGAGGAACAUGGAACCGAGAAGGAUCUUGCUGGUUUCCACUGGAAAUGUAUUCACUCAUUCCUGCACACACGGUGGUUGGAGAUGGUUUUAGAUAUCCAGAGAUGGAGAACGAGGAGUUUAAUCAGACUGAGCAGAAGUCCCAUCCCCCAUGUUCUUUUAAAUGCCCCUGCAGUUCUUCAUUAUGAUAAACUACCUCAAUAUCUCCAAUCCAUCUCCAAUAGGAGACACCUUCACUCACUUCCUGUAUGUAGAUAUAAAGCUGAACUUGUGUUCAUUCGCUGGUUUCAUUCUUAUGAUUUAUUCUUUUACACUUUUCUUAAUUACAGAAGAAUAAAAACUGCAAAAUAAAAGUAUUUAGAA